AAAUACCCGGCCGGGGUUCAUAUAUCCAUACACACAGACACACAGACACUCAUUGGAAUGUCGAGCUCCGUAGUAGGCACCAUGACGAUGGUGCCCUUUACGUCCUCCUCCGCUUCUGCAUGCCUGCUUCCUCUGACAAGCAAGCCUUCCAAACACGGCCGCCGCCGGUUGUCGUGCAAAGCGAUGGCCAGCUCCGGGGACGACGACGAUAGCUACCGCAUCGACCGCCGGGACGUGCUCCUGGGCCUCACCGCCGCCACCACAGGCAGCACCCUGGGCCGGGCCCGCGGGCUUCUGGCCGCCGAAGGCGUGAAGCAGCCGAUGCCGAUCACGUCUGAGGUCCUGAAAUGCGUCUCGGCAGGCGACUUCGUCUGCCCCGCCGGGUCCACCGACUACGACGACGCCACGGUGGUCAACUUCAGCGACCUCCCCGCGCCGACCGGGCCCCCGCGGGUCCGCCGGCCGGCCCACCUGUUAUCGGCCCAGGAGGUCGAGAAGCUGGAGCUAGCCCUCCAGAGGAUGAAGGAGCUGCCGGACGACGACCCGCGGAGCUUCAAGAACCAGGCGGCCAUCCACGAGGCCUACUGCGACGGCAAAUACAACGUGGUGGCGCGCUCCCCGGGGGAGCCCGACGCCACCAAGUUCGACGUCCACUUCUCCUCCAUCUUCGCGCCCUGGCACCGGAUGUACAUCUACUUCUUCGAGGGCAUCCUCGGCGAGCUCGUCGGCGACCCGGCAUUCGGCCUGCCCUACUGGAACUGGGACGCCCCCGCGGGGAUGAUGCUGCCCGCCGCGUUCACCAAUCCGGACUCGCCGCUCUACGACGCCAACCGCAAGCCGGAGAACGAACGUGGCGCCUUCAUCGACCUCAGCCUCUCGCCCAAGGUCAAGUCCGAUCCUAACAAGUUCAAAGACGACCUUCUCGGCCUCAUCGACAGCAACCUCUGCGCCAUGUACCGUCAGAUGAACGUGAAAGAGCCGGUAGAUUUCCACGGCGGCUAUCCGUCGAGAACGACAAAGCCCCCCGUAGGAUCGCUGGAGACGGGGGCGCACACGGCGGCGCACAUCUGGGUGGGGGAGCACAUGGGGAAUCUCAAGACGGCGGCGCGCGACCCCGUCUUCUACUCCAACCACUCCAACGUGGACCGCAUGUGGCACCUCUGGAGCACCAAGCUCGGGAACCAUGAGGACCUGACCAACGACCAGUGGCUCAACACCAACUUCGUCUUCUACGACGAGACCAAGCGGCCCGUGCGCAUCGCCGUCCGCGACGUCCUCGAUGCCGAGAAGCAGCUCGGGUACACGUACGAGGAGAAGAAGAGCCUCGAGUGGAUGGAGAGGCGAAUCAAGCCGGCGGCCAUCAAGAUCGACGACAGGACCCGCGACGCCAAGGACAACUCCUCGUUACCCUUGGUGCUCAAGAAGGGCAGGAUGGAGUACCUGCCGGUGGAGAGGCCAAAGAAGGACGGCACCAAGACGGACGAGGUGUUGGUGGUUGACGUCACGCUGGACCCGUGCGAGCAAGUCAAGUUCGACGUGCUCGUCAACGUGCCCAGAGGCGAGGAAGACAAGGUGGGCCCACAGAACAGCCAGUUCGCCGGAUCCUUCUCCACGGUGCCGCACGGCGGCACCAUGACCGGCUCCGCCACGACGAAGCCGGUCGUGUCGUGCCGCUUCAAGCUCCAGGAGCUCAUCCAAGACCUCAACUGCAACAGGAGCAAGAUGCUCAACAUCACCCUCGUCCCGGUCGAAGGUGACAAGACCAUCGUCGACAACCUGCGCGUCGAGCUUUGCUGAUCUAUCGGACUAAUUAAGAUACAUUUAUAAAUGCGGCGUUCAUAUCCCCAACAUAUCCAGGGCACUCGGAAAUUAUGUGACGACUAUUGCAUGUACUAGUAGAAAAAUAAAAGAGUCCAAUUCUUAUCCUUUUAGUUCAUUCGGCCAAAAUAUAUAUCCUCAAGAGAACCAAUAGAAACGGGCAAAUUUUCUCAA